UUCGGAUUCUCUCUUCUUGUCUUAAACUCUUCACUUCAGCAACACAACAAACCUCCGUCGCCGCCAUUCUCUCAAACCAGAAAUCGACGCCGGAGGAGAGAGAGAGAGAGAAGCAAUUAAUCUCUUUUAUCUCUCUCAUAUAACAAAAUGGCAUCUUCUCUAUCACUUCACUCCUCCUUCGUACCUUCCUUCGCUGAUCUCCACGACCGUGGUUUGGUCAGUAAAAACUCUCCGACAACUGUUUCAGUUACCAAGUUUCCAACUUGGGAGAAGAAGAAGAAGAAUCAGAUCUCGAAUCGGAACCUCUUCAAGCUGAGCUGCGUGAUGGAGAAGAGCAUCGACGGAAACACUCAUUCUGUAGUUGACACCACCCAAGAUUGCUUAAAUGAUGUUAAUGUCAGAGAAGAAGCUAGCGUCGCUACGUUACUGAUGAACUUGGAUAAUAAAUUUGAUCCCUUUGAUGCAAUGAGCACUCCCCUUUACCAGACUGCUACGUUUAAGCAGCCUUCUGCUAUAGAAAAUGGUCCAUAUGAUUACACAAGAAGUGGGAAUCCUACACGUGAUGCACUUGAAAGUCUCCUUGCGAAGCUUGACAAGGCGGAUAGAGCAUUUUGCUUUACUAGUGGAAUGGCUGCUCUUGCUGCUGUUACCCACCUUCUCAAAUCUGGCGACGAGCUUGUGGCUGGGGAUGAUUUAUAUGGUGGCUCAGACAGAUUACUAUCCAAUGUAGUUCCAAGAUCUGGCGUUGUGGUCAAACGAGUAAACACAACUAGUUUAGAGGAGGUUGCUGCUGCCAUUGGUCCCAGGACAAAACUUGUGUGGCUUGAGUCUCCAACCAACCCCAGACAACAGAUCUCUGAUAUACGAAAAAUAGCUGAGAUGGCUCAUGCUCAAGGUGCACUUUUGUUAGUGGACAACAGUAUUAUGUCCCCGGUGCUCUCUCGGCCAUUAGAACUUGGAGCUGAUAUCGUGAUGCACUCGGCUACUAAGUUUAUAGCCGGACACAGUGAUUUGAUGGCGGGUGUGCUUUCUGUAAAAGGCGAACAAUUGGCAAAGGAGUUGUACUUCCUCCAAAACUCGGAAGGUUCUGGAUUAGCUCCUUUCGACUGUUGGCUUUGCCUACGAGGAAUCAAGACAAUGGCUUUACGUAUAGAGAAGCAACAGGAAAACGCACGGAAGAUCGCAAUGUACUUGUCUACCCAUCCAAGAGUGAAGCAAGUGUACUAUGCUGGUCUACCAGAUCAUCCUGGCCACCAUCUCCACUUCUCUCAGGCAAAGGGUGCAGGAUCAGUUUUUAGCUUCAUAACAGGAUCUGUCGCGCUAUCUAAGCAUCUUGUGGAAACCACCAAGUACUUCAGCAUUGCUGUCAGUUUUGGGAGUGUUAAGUCGCUUAUAAGCAUGCCAUGCUUCAUGUCACAUGCAAGCAUACCUGCAGAAGUUCGCGAGGCCAGAGGCUUGACUGAAGAUCUUGUUCGUAUAUCCGCAGGCAUUGAGGAUGCUGAUGAUUUGAUCUCUGAUCUUGAUAUCGCCUUCAGAACCGGUCCCAUCUAGCUCCACCCUCAGCAAAAAAUAAAACAGUUUUUCUAAUCGCAGUUUGGUUCUUGAAAGAAGAAUCUGUAUUAGUAACCAGAAAACAUGGUUUGGUGUUUGAGAGAACACAUCAAACAAAUAAAAUCGUUAUUGUUUAAAUCUGUAUUCUGAGUUUGUAAUAGACUUCAAAUCCAACAUAAGCAGUGAAAACAUUACUGUCAUGCAA